GAGAGAGAGAGAGAGAGAUUAGUGUGGAGAGUUGUAAGCCUUCGUACCGAGAAGAAUCGAGGUAGGGAAGGUCGAGAGAGAGAAGAGAGAAGGAUGUCUGGAGCAAGCAGAUUGCUGAGAACCACUAGAGCUCUUCGGUCGGAUCGUCUUCCUUCUUCCAGCUCUUGCUCUCGUCUUCCGCCUCCGAGAUUUGCAUGGAGGGGAGGAGAGAAGCAGCGCUUGGCAGGCUGCCAAGGGAGGAAGAAGGUGGCGGCGGCGUCCGACGCCACCGUCGUCUUGCCCGACACAAAGCAGAAGCCUUCGUCUGCAGAAGGAAUGGAGAUCGUACAUCUCUCCACCCUGAUAACCGAACUGGCCGACGCGGCCCGCCGACUCCUGGACCCAUCGAAACGGGCAGUCUGGGUGAAGAACUGGAGAACUGUUGCGGAGAUCCUAAUCGAAAAGGGAGUCACCGGUUGCCGAUCCUUCACACUGAUCGCGGUUGCAGGAUCUCUCAUAGGCUCAAUCUUGUGCUUCGUCGAGGGUUGCUUCUUUGUUCUGGAAUCAUAUUGCCAAUAUUUCCAGCCAGGCAUGGAUCAAGGUGGAAUCAUACGGUCACUUGUGGAAGCCAUAGAUAUGUUCCUCGUGGGGACUGCUCUGCUUACUUUCGGAAUAAGCUUGUACGUCAUGUUUGCAAGCUCCGAAGAGAUGAAGCAGAAAAGAGGGUGGCAAACAGCUAAAUCCUGCUUUGGAUCAUUCAAUCUCAAGAAGCUUGCUGAUAGCAUGGAGAUGCAGUCGAUGUCGCAUGCGAAAUCCAGACUCGGGCAUGCAGUUCUCCUGAUUCUUCAAACAGGAGUGGUGGACAAGUUCAAGAACGUUCGACUGGCGAGUGGGAUGGACUUGGCUUGUUUUGCCGCAGCGGUGUUUGUGUCCUCAGCUUGCGUUUUCCUCCUCUCCAAGCUCUCGAUGCAGCACAGCAAAAAUGAACAAGAUAUAAGCUGCCAUGUCUCUGAUAAAGGCAAAGGAAUGAUCCGAAGAACAUGAUUUCAGCAACAAUUUGUCGGAGCAAAUUUUCCAGCCUGAUUCUUUUUCGAGUCUCUCUUCUUAUUCAAGAAAAAGAUGGACUUGGUAGUUCAUCAUUCAUUUCUGUUGUAGGAGGAAACAAAGAACAUAUUCGUAGAAACUUGCUGAUGAUAAAGCAAUUUCUUGUAAGAGUAUCAAGGCAACAAUUACAAAGGAAUACCCAAAAAACAUACUUAUUUUGUUCUUUUAA